UCUGGCACCCAGAGAACAACGUGUCCAGAGCUCAACCUGGAAGAGCACAGCCAUGGUGCUCUGGGGUCUGGUGCUGGGAGCUCUGAUGGUGGCCACUGUGGGGUACCUGUGCCUGCAGGAGCUGCUCCGGCAACGAAGACCCAAGGAGCCCCCUCUGGAUAAGGGCUCCGUGCCCUGGCUGGGCCAUGCCAUGGCUUUCCGGAAGAAUAUGUUUGAAUUUCUGAAGCGCAUGCGGGCUAAACACGGGGACGUAUUCACGGUGCAGCUAGGGGGCCAGUACUUCACCUUUGUCAUGGACCCUCUGUCCUUUGGCCCCAUCCUCAAGGAUGCGCAGAGAAGACUAGACUUCGUGGAGUAUGCGGAAAACCUGGUGCUAAAGGUAUUUGGAUACCGCUCCGUGCAGGGGGACUACCAGAUGAUACACUCAGCCAGCGCCAAGCACCUCAUGGGGGAUGGCUUGGAGGAGCUCAACAAAGCCAUGCUGGACAGCCUGUCCUUGGUUAUGCUGGGGCCCACGGGCCCCAGUCUGGAUGCCAGUGGCUGGCGUGAGGAUGGCCUCUUUCACUUCUGCUACAACGUCUUGUUCAAGGCCGGCUACCUGAGCUUGUUUGGCUACACAAAGGACAAGGAACAGGACCUGCUCCAGGCAGAGGAAUUAUUCGUGCAGUUCCGCAAGUUCGACCGCCUGUUCCCCAGGUUUGUCUACUCCCUACUGGGACCCCGGGAGUGGCUGGAAGUGGGCCGGCUCCAGCGUCUCUUCCAUAAGACGCUCUCCGUGGAACACAACGUGGAGAAGUGCGGCAUAAGCAACUGGAUCACCUAUAUGCUUCAGUUUCUGAGGGAGCAGGGAGUCGCCCCAGCCAUGCAGGACAAGUUCAACUUCAUGAUGCUCUGGGCCUCCCAGGGUAACACAGGGCCUACCUCUUUCUGGGCCCUCUUGUUCCUCCUGAAGCAUCCAGAAGCCAUGCGGGCUGUGAGGGAGGAGGCCACCCAGGUCCUGGGAGAGGCCAGGCUGGAGGCCAAGCAGUCCUUCAACUUUAAUGUCGGUGCCCUGCACCGCAUGCCGGUGCUGGACAGCGUGAUGGAGGAGACACUGCGGCUGGGGGCCGCGCCGACCCUCCUCAGGGUGGUGAACGGUGACCACAGCCUGAAGACGGCCAGUGGGCAGGAGUACCUGCUCCGCAAUGGAGACAUCCUGGCCCUCUUCCCUUAUCUCUCAGUGCACAUGGACCCCGACAUCCACUCGGAGCCCACCACCUUCAAGUACGAUCGCUUCCUCACCCCCAGCGGCAGCCGAAAAGUAGACUUCUACAAGGCAGGCAAGAAGAUCCACCACUACACCAUGCCAUGGGGCUCGGGUGUCUCCAUCUGCCCUGGGAGGUUCUUGGCCCUCAGCGAGAUGAAGCUCUUUGUCCUGCUCAUGGUCACACACUUUGACCUGGAGCUGGUGGACCCUGACACACCUGUGCCACCCGUGGACCCCCAGCGCUGGGGCUUUGGCACCACACAGCCCAGCCACGAGGUGCGAUUCCGCUACCGCCUGCGCCUGUGGAGUGAGCUCUGCCCAGGUGGCCGCAAGCCUGGCUAG